AUGACUGACUAUUUACCCUUGCGGCUGCUUCGACAAUUAAAUGGCAGCUUUGCAGUCAUUGACCCUCGAUAUGAAAACGUGGAACAAUAUGAUAUCAUGUCUUACUGCUGGGGCGACUUAGAAGAACAAGCAUACGACUGCGAGAUCCCCGGUGUUGACUGGAAAGUACAAAUAAAAAGAUCGAAGCUGAAUGAUAUCAAGAGCUUCAUGGUUGCUUCCGGUGUACAAUAUCUAUGGGUGGAUUGCAUAUGUAUCAAGCAAGAAGACGAAGUUGAAAAGUCCCGGGAAAUAGCCAAAAUGUUUCAAUAUUACAAGACGGCGCGCUCAUGCCACAUACUACUCGAACUACCGGAGGUUUGGGAUCCACAAGCAAUCGUCGACGACUUGAAGUUCCUGGACCAUAUCAUACUGCACAUGGGCGGGGCAGCUAUGGCUGCAGACGCUCCUAGUCUGUCAGCAAACGCAAUUAAUCGUUUAAACAACUGGGCAACAGCCACAUGGAAAUUUCCUGUCCAGCAGUCGAUAGUCCGAUCUGCCGCAGUCGACCUAGGUGUGCUCAACUGCUAUUCAACCUGCAUCCGCCAUGUUCAAGCGCUUUUCUGCAACAAAUACUUCACGAGAGUAUGGACUUUUCAAGAGAUGAUUCUUGGAAAGAAUGUGCUCAUGUGGGCGGUUGAUCAUGAAAGAAUAGCUCGGAUCGGCGAGCUCGCGACUUGGAUGGACCUCGCUACCGAUUCGAAGGAUAAGGCGUACAAACUGUUUGAGUGGAUCUUGAAUUCCAGGACAUUAAAUACAGAGUCGAUCAAUGCUAUUCUUGGCCGCAUCAUCGAAGAUAAGUUGAUACUUGACGAUUUGCUAUUGCAGGUCAAGGGAAUCAGCUGCGCGCGAAUUGACAUCAUCAACGGUGGUCCACACUGGUGGCGCGAGAACCAUAAAGGCAUCAGCAACAUAUUCUCCGCUGUCUCCUUGACACCCAGGGAGUGCAAGAAUAAGGCUGAUAUCUUCAAAGGCUUGCUUGGUAUAUUCAGCGAUCUUUUCACUCCUGAAGAAAUAGAACGAGACAUGUCUGACUACGACAUCGAGAAAACAUCGUUCAACUUCUUUAAGCAACUGUCGAUCAAGACGGAUUUCGCUUGGACCAAACUGGCUAUCAGCAGCAGAGAGCGAGGAGAGUGGGAUUGGAUUCCAGUUGUUGAGAACUACAGCGGACAAAUGACUACCGACUGCUUCGCAGGUGUCGUACAGCUCGGGAGGCUCAAGCGUAAUGGCCAGGCAAAAACUCCUGCGAUGGUUGGCAUCAAAGGGACUCCACGAAAAUACAUGACUAUUAGUCUCAAGCAGAAAGAAAGCACUGAUACCGCGUUCAAUUUCAGAUUGCGAGGAUGUAAUUAUGGCAAGAAGGUCAAAACGAAAAGACUAUUCGGAAGCGAGCCGAUUCCGACAAAUGACCAGUCCCGAGAGGUACUCCAAGACGAGACAGGCAAGAUUCUCGUCCAGUGUGCAACCUUACUAGGAAGUCUCAUUGAUCCGGGCGGUGGUAUUGUCAGUUAUAGACAGAGGCUGCUCAAAAACCUGCGUCCGUAUUGGAGGCCUAGCGACCCCAGUGCAAAGCCUCCGAAAUGGGAAGACCGAUGCGUAAGUGGAACAGGUUGGGAGAAUCCAUCGCUCGCGUUUCUCCGAACACACAACAUGUCCGUGAAUUAUCAUCUGACGGCUAUUACCAACUGCGAAUCCAGACUCUGGAACAAGAGCACUGCGAAUUUGAUAUGCGAAGUUCGUGUGAACUGCGGUUGUACGAUCAUCGCUCCGUUUGCAUUUAUAUUUGAAGGCAUUACCGCUGUCCAGGGAAGUUCUUUAGGUAACCAAACCGCACACGGAGACGAAGAUGAUCGACCUAUCGUGAACGAUGGGCUUGGAUUGGUACAGAUUGGCGAUGUCGGGAAGACGUUCAAUCUCAUAGCUUUCGGGGGCGAUGUCAACGCACAUAGCCUCAUUGCCUCUCGCUGCAGGCGCACGAAAAUCGGCAAAGCACUCGUUACCACUCAGUCUUGGCCUACUGGAAGAGCACUGGUCAAAGAAGAAUUUACACAUGGUAUACUGGAUCAAAUGCGCGACUACGGCUACGUGGACUCGGGAGGGGCGGGCAAUCUUCUUAUAUCCCGCGAUCAUGUUGUCGAUAAGUACAAGAUCAUUGGAGUCUGCAUAGAUGAGCACAUCAUGAACGAAAAAGGUGAACAGUCUGUGAACAUUCGAUGA